GGGUGUGUAGGUUGGUAGAUAAAUUCAAAGCUUGUUUCGUCAAGAUACCGAAACUUUUUUUCACUUUAAAAGGAAAAGAUUUUUAAUUGUUUUAAAGUGCAUCAAACGAUAAUAAAAUAGAGUUAAUCAAACAAAUUGUUAAUAUUGAGAAGUUAAUAAACUAGGAAAACAUAAAGCUUUCGAAAAGUAUCAUCGAUUAAGGUAAGUUUAUCCAGCUUGUAAAGUUUUUGUGGCAACAAUGGAAUCAGAAAAGGUGCCAUCGCCAUGUCCUCCACCGUCACUUUUCUCUUCACCACCGCCUUCUUUUGCCUCCAAUAAUAAUAAUAAUAAUUCGUCAUCUCCAUAUCAAAACAAUCAUUUGUCAAAUGCUAUAAUUAAUUACGCGCAAAGUCGAAUGCAACAGCAGAUGGGAUCGAAUGAUUUCUAUCGGCCGCAAUAUUUCAAUAACCAACAACAAAUGAAUCAAGCGCCAUGUUUAUUCAAUAAGCCAAUUCGCUUCAACAUCAAUAAGCAAGGCACGAAAGUUAAUCCCAUGAUGAUCAAUCAAAACAAUUCUUUCAUGCAAAAUCCAAAUAAUUGCAUGAUGAACAAUUUUCACAAUAAUGCGAAUCCAAAAAAGCGUAAUAAAAAUAAGAAAAAGAAGAAUAAGAACGGUGGUUAUAACAUUGGUAACGAAAGUGACGGUUUUUCCCAUGACCAACCACCGUUGCCACCUCUUCAAAAUGAUUUCAACAAACCACCACCAUCAUUUGUGCCAACAUCAUCACAGCAAGUCACUUCUUCGAUGUUUAAUAAGCCACCUGAAGCGACAAGUUCGCAAGCAUCCUCAACGAAUGAUAUUAAAGACGUAAACAUGACUGAUGUCUCUUCUGAUAAUAAUAAAACAACACCGGAAACAGUUGCUGGAGUAAAUCCUGCUAUGGAAUGGCCUGAAAGUUUGUAUAAUUAUGUUGCUCGUUGUUACAUGAAAUGUCACACACCGAUUGAUAAAGAUUUAUGCGAAAUAACUUUGAAAGGGAAAAUAACAAUGGCGAUGACUCGUGGUGAACUUUUCUCUAAAGAUUGGGAGAAUGAGCCGAUGCCAAUUCUUCAUAGCGAUCGAAUGCAGCAACAACAAACUCCACCGCAACAACAGAAACCCCAACCACAAGCACAGCAUGUUUUUAAUAAAAAUCGACCGAUUGUAGUUGGACAACUUUCUCAAUUUCAAAACUUGCCAGCUGUUAAUGCUAAAAAAGGAAUUUCAUCACCUUUAGGGGCUCGUCUUGGAAAAUCGCCGAUCACAAAGAAACGACGAUCACGUUCUUCAUCUCGAUCGUCACGUUCAAGAUCAAAUAGCUCAACGCCACCAAGGAAACGUCGCAGUUCUGAUGAUGAUAAUGACAGCAAAUAUAAUUUUAAUAAUAAGUCACAAGUUCCAGCAUUCAAUAAAAUCGGUAACAGUAAGAAAAGAAGUCGAAAAGAGAAAAUGGCUCAAAAGGCGUCAGCUUUUUACACAAAGAAUGGAGCUAUAGGAGGUUUGGUUGAUUCUUCUGAUGUUGAGCGAUUGAAGAAGCGAGCAGAUCGUUUCAAUAAAAUGACCUCAAAACCAGUUUUAACCUCGACUCUUAAUUCAUUCAACUCGCGGAAAAAGUUCGCAACACCAACAGCUUUCAAUCCAAUUGUUGAUGAUUCAGUUGAUGAUUCGAUUGACUUCCUCAGUCUUCACAUAGUUGGAACAUGCAGGGAUUUAGAAAAGCCUUUCCUUAGACUUACAAGAGCACCAGAAGCUUCCGAAGUUCGACCAGUCGAUGUUCUCGUUUAUUCAUUAACAAAUGUUAAGAAUCGAUGGGUUGAGAAGCAAGAAUAUUAUUAUGCUUGUGAUCAACUGAAAUCGAUAAGACAAGAUUUGACAGUUCAAGGAAUACGUGAUGAGUUCACUGUAAGAGUUUAUGAGACUCAUGCUCGAAUUGCAAUGGAAAAGGGAGAUCAUGAGGAGUUUAAUCAAUGUCAAACGCAACUCAAAAUGCUCUACUCGGAAAUUGGUGGGGAGAAUCAAUUGGAGUUUCUUGCGUAUCGAAUUUUGUAUUACAUUUUUACAAAGAACACUUUAGAUUUAUCGACAAUUCUUAAGUCCCUUACCACCGAAGAGAGAGCUGAUGAGUGCAUUUCUCAUGCCUUGAAAUUGCGUUCAGCAUGGGCUCUCAACAAUUACAGUCGAUUCUUCAAGCUUUAUAAAGAGUCACCGAAGAUGUCGGGUUACAUUAUGGAUUGGUUCAUUGAACGUGAGAGGAAGCUCGCGCUCAAAAAUUGGAUCAUAAAAGUCUAUCGACCGGGCAUAAGCUGUGAAUUUAUAAAAGAAACGCUGGCAUUUGUUGACAUUGGAAAAUGUGUGGAGUGGUUGUCGUCGUUGGGUGUUGUGUUUCUAAAAGCGGAUAAGGAAAAUGUUGAUUGUAAAACAAGCACAAGUGUACUUGCAACGCUAUAAGAUUGGAUAGCAAAAAAAAGAGAAAAAAAAUGGAACUUUAAAGUGCGGUUUAUGAUAAAAGUGAUGAUAAAUGAACUUAAAACAUGUUAAAGGAUAGAAAAUGAAAAGCAGAGAUUAACGUGCUAAACAAUGACAUAAUUCAUUUUAUAUUAGCUAAAUGAAUAUGAAAUCUGUUAUCGUCAUCUUCCUGUUUGACAUUCUUGGACAUCGCUUAGGACGCUUCAAAUGUUGUUAAAUGAUAAAAUUGAUCAUCAUCGUGAUCUUUCCCUAAGUCGCAUAUUUAAGGAUGAUUCGUUUGUUUAUGCGUUAAAUACUUUUACAUCUUGAUCAUGCUUUCAUCAUACUUUAUUGGAGAGAUUCAGGAGUUUCCCGUCAUCUUCUUCUGUCAUUUGUUUAGCACGACUUGCAACAUAAUUAAUAAUCGUAUGAUGAACAUUUAAAGAAAUAUUCAAAACUAAAACAAAAAAAAUGGACAAUACUGUGGAAAAGAUUAAAUUAAUUGAAAAGAUCUUGCAUAUAUAAUUAUUAUUUUUGUAAAUCGUUUUUCUGAUACGCGAUAUUAAUGAGGACAUAAAUGAGUCAUGAAACAAGUGAAAAUUAAAUCGAAAUUCUUUACUCGAUUCAUCAAGCUACGAAAAAAUAGAACAAAGUCUUCAAAUUAUUUUCCCCUGAUUGUAAAUAAAUUUCCUUCCUUCCAUUAAAACAAAGACAAUCCCAAAUCCUUCUUCCUGCUAGUGAAUUCCCAAAAAUUAGAAGAAAAAAAAGAAGCUGAACGAGAAAUCGUUGAUGGUGGACUGGAUGGUGGAUUCGAAAGUGCUGCGAAAGAUUCUUUAUUCUAAUGAAAAUCGUUUUUCUCGUUAUAGUGUACCAUCCGUUUAUUAAAAAUCAUAUAAAUAAAAAAGGAUACACGCAAAAAUUUAA